UUGGAGUCACCUUCGGGAGAGUCGCAGGUACUCUUGCUACGAAGCCCCUGCCCUGAUCUUGGGGACCAGCAAGGCCUCGCCAGUCAUCUCCACCCCGCAGAGACCACCUUGGCUGGUUAUGCGCAGGCGCGGCGUCACCGCCUGCAUUCCGGAAACUUGGAGACCAAGAAAUAUCCUUCUCUGCCUCCGCCCCCCCCCCCCGCCAGCUUUCAUCCCCUGGGAAGGGGCAAAGCAGGGAUGCUUGCUACCUAAGUGGAGUUCCUCUUUGGAUUAUAUAUAUCUUAAGAAGUUAAGAGCAUGGAAAGAGAGCUUAAAGGCGGACUUCAGCUUCUUACGCAGACACUGGCAUGAUCAAAGGGUGGCUCAAGUCUGAACCAACACUGGGAUCCGUUUCUCAUUUUAAUCCUUCUCAGAGAGAACCAAAUAUGGAAUCCCUUCAGACACUGUGGAAACAAAUUCUUCCUGGAUUCCUUAGGGAAGAUGUUUUAUUCAGCAUUGCUUUCACAAUCAGGCUUGCGCUUGUCUUUUAUGGAGUUUAUCAAGACAAAACAAUGUUGGUAAAAUAUACAGACAUUGAUUAUCAGGUAUUCACAGAUGCUGCCAAAUACAUCACAGAGGGGAAAUCUCCCUAUGUGCGAGCCACUUACCGUUACACUCCACUCUUAGGCUGGAUCUUAACACCAAACAUUUACAUUAGUGAUUUGUAUGGCAAGAUCCUCUUUGUUGCUGGGGAUAUGGUUGCUGCAUAUCUCAUGCAUCGCAUUCUGCUCCUCCGAGGGCUGGAUAGUAGAAAAGCGUGUGGGUGUUGUGCAUUCUGGCUUCUGAAUCCUCUGCCAAUCGCUGUGUCCAGCCGAGGAAAUGCAGAAUCUCUUGUUGCAGUCCUUGUCCUUGGCACCAUGUUUUACAUGGAAAAGAGACAUUUAGUGAAGGCAGCUGUUCUUUAUGGCCUCUCUGUUCAUAUGAAAAUUUACCCUGUAACCUAUGCAUUGCCAUUAGCUCUCCAUCUGCAAAAUGACAGAAACCCCGAGCCAGGAAAAAACGCCCCUGUAAAGAACCAAAAGAUCGGUUGCACGGUAGAUGUCUUGCAGCUUUUCUUAAGGCUGUUUAAUCGUGAUGUUCUGAUUUUUGGAAUGGUGUCUGGUUGUACCUUUGCUGCCCUGGGUCUUGUGUUUUAUUCCCGUUACGGGUGGGAAUUUUUAGAGCAUACCUACCUCUACCACUUGACCCGGAGGGACAUCCGCCACAACUUCUCACCCUAUUUCUACAUGCUGUACUUGACUGCAGAAAGCGAGUGGAGUUUUGCCCUUGGACUUGCAGCUUUCCUGCCUCAGCUCCUGUUGCUUCUUGUGAUUUCCUUCGCUUAUUACAGAGAUCUUGUCUUCUGUUGCUUCCUGCACACUGCUGUUUUUGUGACUUUUAACAAAGUGUGCACGUCUCAGUAUUUUCUGUGGUACCUUUGCCUUCUUCCGCCAGCAAUGCCUCGCUUGCGAAUGUCCUGGCAACGGGCAGCUCUGCUUCUCCUGCUGUGGCUUAGUGGUCAAGGCCUGUGGCUGGCCCCUGCGUAUUUUCUAGAGUUUCAAGGACAGAAUACUUUCUUGCUUAUCUGGCUCACAGGCCUGGUCUUCCUUUUUAUCAACUGUAUAAUCCUUGUUCAGAUUAUUUCUUACUAUGGUCCUGCACAUAUGCCUGGAAAAAUAAAGCAGCAGUAAGACUUCUCUGAGAAUUAUUAAUUGAACAGGACUGGGUACCAAAACAUUUUUUUAAAAAAGAGGUGGUACUUUGUCUGAUUUUUGCAAUAUUGUUUUGGAUACUUUUAACUUCCUUUUUGAAUAUAUUGGGUAUGGAGAGGAAUAACUGAAGUCUCUGUUUACUUUAAACAUGCCAAUUGCUGUGUAUUUGUUACAUUUUAUGGAUCUUUUUCUGUAGUGUAAUAUACUGUAUUGUUUGGACAUUGA